AUGAGACUCUUGUGGACAUUUCUCUUCCUUGGCUGCCUGCUUAACAAGAGCUAUGUUUCAUCAGAAGAUUCUAGCCAUGGGUCAGAUGUUGAAAAUGGAGAUGAUGAUGGGUUGGAUACAGAACUUCUGAAUAGUAAUGAAGGUGAAUACACUCAUAUGGAAGAUGAUAGUGAAAAACUGGCUUCUAUGACUGUUACUUCAUCUACAAAGAUCGCUGAAGUCGAUCCGGACAGUGUAGAUAAACUUGAUCAACCCAAGAUGGAUGCUUCAGACUCCCUGGACACAAGUGGCACCACCAGCCAAAGAGCUGGCAACCUUAACGAACAACUGUCAACACCUGUUCUCAACCAGGACAUCCUGAGCCAGGAAGGGCUUCUGAGCCCUCUUAUCCUCAACAACCAGAAUCUAGCCACGGAGAGAGAAGAGCUACUGACGCUUCUCCUGGGUGGCAGUCUAUCAUUUGGUAUCAGAAAUGACCUCCUGGAGGCAGCAGGGACCAAGGCUGUGGAAGGCCUGAUCUGCAAGGGCUCCCUGGGUGGCCUUUGUGGCCAUGGGAGUCUCUCUGGCAUGAAUGAUGUUCUGAAGAACAUGAAUUCUGGGCAACUCAAUAGCUGGCUCAAUGUCACCCGCUUUGAUAUUGUCCGGUUGUCAUGGAAUGUCUUUGCCUCAUCUCGUCUCGAACUUAAACUUCAGACCAAGUUGACUAUCAACUUUUCAGGGAUGCUCUCAUUUCUCAGUGGCUCUACAGUGGAUGUGGACAUUGUGAUCCCCUUGGAUUUGCACCAGACUGAGCCUGGCCAAGUCUCAUUUUCCGUGAAGAGCUGCCAGGCAAUAUUCAGUGGGAUCCAAGUGAAUACAGGCAUGUUCUCCACAAUGAUGGAAUCGAUGAUGAAAUGGUCCUUGAACAUUUCCUUGCCCAACAUAUUGUGCCCAGUGGUCAGAUUCUGGUUCUACAUCAUCAACCAACAGUUGACCAUUCUGAAAAAUAUUGCCUCACUCGGGAUGUUGGGGGACAACAACUUGCCCAGUACCCCACAGCCCAUUUUGUUCCAACGGUCUUAUCACAUGGACUUUAAGGACAAAAGUUUCCCAGCCUCUUUCAUCAAUUGGCUGAUUAAAGAAACUUUUGACUUCAUGGAAUCCCAUGUGACAGUUUUCACUCUUGUGCCCUGA